AUGGAUUGGCCAGCAAAAUCACCUGACCUGAAUCCAAUAGAGCAUGCAUGGGACAUCCUCCAGAACCAAAUUUUAGGAAGGCAAAACCAACCAAGCACGCUCCGUGAACUUGAGUUUGCUCUUGUUGAGGAAUGGUCAAGAAUUCCACAGGAUAACUUCCUAAAUUUGAUCAACAGUUUUCUGAAUCGAUGUAGAGAAAGCCUAACACUGGUCAUGGACCCUCGAACCAGUGCCCAGGAUUUGGUGCGAUGUGACCUGUGUGAGACAACAUUAGUACAGAUGCACUGUGACACAUGUCUCGUAAACCUCUGCAAGGCCUGUGUUGGAGAACAUAUUUCAACGAAUGAAACCAAGGAUCACAGAGUGGUCAAAUAUCAGUCUAGGAAUUCUACCGUUAUCUACCCUACAUGUACCUCCCAUGAAAAAGAACAAUGUGAGAUGUUCUGUAGACAUUGUGACAUUCCUGUCUGUCACACUUGCCUGGCAUCUGAUCAACAUCUUAGUCACAAGCUCUCAAAACUUUUGCACGUUGUAGGUGAAAAGAAAGACUUGAUAAGAAAAGAGCACAAAGAAUUAAAUGAAACAAUUUAUCCCACCUACCAGGACAUAGAAGUUGACGUGCAAAAGACAAUGAGUAAGUUAGAGAAGGCAUAUGGAGAUCUCUCAACAGUAAUAACAAUACAUGGAGAGGAAUGGCACAAACAAAUUGACCAACUUGUCAGAAAACUUAAAGCACAACUUAAUAAAGCAAAAACCGUACAGUUACAAACGUUAAAGGGACAUCUAGAUGAAAUUCACGUGAAAAUUGUAAACAUUAAAGAUGAUAUUGAUUUUCUUGCUACCGCUUCAGAUUCUAAUGACAUUUCAAGACCGUUCAAUGUAAGAUCCAAUGUAGAUAAAUAUAAGAAACUUCCACAAAAGCUUGUUCUGUCUUUACCAAAAUUUAUUCCAGGGACAAUAUUAAUUCAAGGGGAAGAAUUUUGUAAACUUUAUGGUGUUUUAUCACCAUUUUCUAUUAAAUCAGAAGAGUAUGGAUACAGUAUUAAGAUAACACAAAAACAUCCAGAAUUUGGAUAUAAAAUAG